AUGAAAGGCAAUAGCGCCAUUGGCAUCAUUUGUAGUUUAUCUUUUUGGACACAAUUUAGCGACGAUUCAAUGGCCCCGCAAAGCCCACAAAAUGAGAACGAAAUCCAAUCGACGUCCGCCGAUAUGGAUCGACUCCAACAAUGGUUCUCCCAUUUGCACAACUCGAAAAACUACAAUAGAAAUUUGAAAAGUGUAGUGCCAAUCUUUGCUUCAAAGGAGCGUUGUGUCUUUGAGAUGCCAAUUGAUGAGGAAUCUGUCAAUGGAUAUGGUACCUUGCACGGAGCGGCGACAAUGGCCCUGUUGGAUGUAUUAACGGCAAUCACGGUGAUGCUCUCAGUACCACAAAAGAAUGUCCUCUCCGUUGAUAUGUCCGCCAGCUAUAUGUUGCCUGUCUCUCGUGGGGACACUGUCGAAGUGACCACAAAUGUUCUCCGAAUCGGUCGUACCACUGCUUUUGUCGAGGCUGAGUUCAGGAGAAAGAGUGAUGGUCGAGUGGCGGCAAAGGGCCGACAAACACUUGCCCUCGUUGACAAACAACCGCCAAAGAAAGAAAUCGACGAGCCGACUCCUGAUGUGAAAUCCGCUGCU